AUUCAGUCCCUCUGUUCCCACCUUUUCUCAUUCGUACGCGGAUUCGGCCGAAAUUAUUAGCAUAAUUUAAUCCAAUCCUAACUUCAUCUCUUCUUGUUUUCUUCACUUGCUAAUUUAAAACCCUUCAAAUUCUCCACAGCCAAACUGUUUCAUACCAUGCCACCACCGUUUCCACACCCAUAUCUCUCAGCCUUCGAAAUUUCUAUCCUUUCCUUCGGGGAACUGCUCCGUUCCUGAAACCAUCAUCUGGGUCGCACAAUUUUUUUUUUUAAAAAAGAAUAAUCUCCGAUGGCUUCGGCGGCCAUAUUCUCGUCGCUACGGCGGCGCCGGUCUCCGUCGCUGGAGGCGUUUCUGGUGCCGGUCGACCUCUCCGACGUGGCGCUGCUGGAGACUCUUAUCUCCGUCGCCAGCGACGUCGCGUCCUGCUUCUCCGGCCACCGGUUCCCCUUCCAGCGCCGGAACUCGCGUGCCCUCAUCGGAAAAGUUGAGAUUUUCCGGUCAAUGUUGGAGUGUCUGAGAGACUCCGCUGCCGCCGGAGCUCUUACUCCGACGGCGGUGCUGUGCUUAAAGGAGUUCUACCUGCUUCUAUAUCGCUCAAAGAUUCUUCUUGAUUACUGUGCCCAAUCGAGCAAGUUGUGGCUGCUGCUUCAGAACCAUUGUGUUUCUGGUCACUUCCAUGAUCUGAGCCAAGAAUUUUCGACCCUUUUGGAUGUUUUUCCCGUUGGGGAAGUUGGCCUCAGUGAUGAUGUUAGGGAACAGAUUGAGUUGUUGCAGAGACAAUCCAAAAGGGCUAAGUUGUUCAUAGAUAAGAAAGAUGAUGUUCUUAGGACAAGGUUCUUUUGGUUUCUCGAAGAGUUUGAGAGUGGGAGGGUUCCUGAUUCUAAGGACUUGAGGUGUUUCUUUGUGGAUAAACUGAGGAUUCUUGAUGCUAAGAGUUGUAGGGUGGAGAUUGAAGCCUUGGAGGAGCAGAUUGUGAACCACGAGGGUGAUGUUGAGCCAACGGUUCCUGUGCUUAAUGGGAUGGUGGCUAUCACAAGGUAUUGCAGGUUUUUGUUGUUUGGGUUUGAGGAAGAGUUGGAAAUUGAGAUUCAAAAGAAGGGGAGGAAGAGGUUGAUUGCUCAGGAAAUUGCUGAAACGUUUUUGACUGUUCCUAAGGACUUUUGUUGUCCGAUAUCAUUGGAUUUGAUGUGUGAUCCUGUGAUAAUUUCCACGGGUCAAACUUAUGAUAGGAGGUCUAUAUGGAGGUGGAUGGAGGAAGGGCAUUGUACUUGUCCAAAAACGGGGCAAUUGCUUUCUCAUAAUAGGCUUGUUCCUAAUCGUGCUCUUAGGAAUAUGAUUAUGCAGUGGUGCAGUGCACAUGGAGUACCCUAUGAUCCACCUGAGGGGGUUGAUGCAUCUGUUGAGAUGUUUGUAUCAGCUUGUCCCUCCAAAGCUUCCCUCGAAGCUAACCGAGGGGCGACCAUGCUUCUCAUUCAGCAGCUUGCGGAUGGGUCACAAGCUGCACAGACUGUGGCUGCUAGGGAGAUAAGAUUGUUGGCCAAAACUGGAAAGGAAAACCGUGCCUUCAUCGCGCAGGCCGGGGCAAUUCCUCAUCUUAGGAACUUGCUUUCCUCACCUAAUGCUGUUGCACAGGAGAAUUCUGUGACAGCACUGCUCAACCUAUCCAUUUUUGAAAGAAAUAAAAGCAUGAUCAUGGAGGAGGAAGGGUGUUUGGGGUCAAUAGUUGAGGUGUUGCGAUUCGGGCAUACAACUGAGGCAAGGGAGAAUGCUGCUGCAACAUUGUUCAGCCUCUCUGCUGUCCAUGAUUAUAAGAAAAGAAUUGCGGAUAAUGUGGGGGCUGUUGAAGCACUGGCUUGGUUGUUGCAAGAGGGGACUCAAAGAGGAAAGAAGGAUGCUGUCACAGCAUUGUUUAAUCUCUCCACUCACACUGAGAAUUGUUUGAGAAUGAUAGAGGCAGGGGCGGUGAAAGCUAUGGUUGUGGCUUUGGGGAAUGAAGGAGUUGCUGAGGAAGCAGCUGGUGCCUUGGCCUUGAUUGUUCGGCAGCCUGUUGGCGCCAUGGCGGUGGUGAGGGAGGAAGCAGCAGUAGCCGGAUUGAUAGGAAUGAUGCGUUGUGGAACGCCGAGAGGUAAAGAGAAUGCAGUUGCAGCAUUGUUGGAGCUGUGCAGGAGUGGAGGUGCAGCUGCAACUGAAAGAGUGGUUAGGGCGCCGGCUUUGGUUGGAUUGCUUCAAACCUUGCUCUUUACAGGUACAAAGAGGGCAAGAAGAAAGGCAGCUUCACUAGCUAGAGUGUUUCAGAGAUGUGAAAAUGCAUCUCUCCAUUAUGGUGGAUUAGGUGUAGGUUAUUCAUUUGCUAGCGAUUCAGCUUCAACCAGAAAUACUACAACCUUUGUGAGUGACGUUUCACUUCCAAUGUCCAUUUCUGUUCCUGUUUUAUAGUGGUAAUACUCAUUCUCAUGUUUGUUGUGUUCCCGAUUUUUGUUGUAACUCUAUUGAUUCUUUCAUUGAAAUUUAAAGUCAUCAAGUAUAGGAAUACCAGAUAUGUAUUCUAAGACUUAGAGAAUGAUGCGUUGUUGAGCAGUUAGCUUCAACCCAUUUGUAAUGAGUUAUUGCCAGAGAAUAUAAAGUGUUCUAAAGUGGAAUUAUUAGACCAUUUCAGGCGUUCUAUUUUUUCUGUGCUUUACUCCUCCCGUUGGCAAUUUAUUGGAUUUUUAAGAGUAAUGCUACUUCUUUUAUAUGUA